AUGAGUUGCACAAUUGAAAAGGCCUUAGCAGAUGCAAAAGCACUGGUGGAACGGCUAAGGGAACAUGACAACGCAGCAGAAGCUCUUAUUGAACAGACUACAGCUCUUAACAAGCGGGUUGAAGCAAUGAAACAGUACCAAGAAGAGAUUCAAGAGCUCAAUGAAGUAGCAAGACAUCGCCCUCGGUCUACCUUAGUGAUGGGUAUCCAACAAGAAAACAGACAGAUUAGGGAAUUGCAGCAAGAAAAUAAAGAAUUACGCACAUCUCUUGAAGAACAUCAGUCUGCUUUGGAACUCAUAAUGAGCAAGUACAGAGAACAGAUGUUUAGGUUGCUUAUGGCGAGCAAAAAGGAUGAUCCAAGUAUAAUAAUGAAGUUAAAAGAGCAACAUUCCAAGGAGCUGCAAGUGCAUGUGGACCAAAUUACAGAAAUGGCAGCAGUAAUGAGAAAAGCCAUUGAAAUUGAUGAAAAGCAUGGCUGUAAAGAGCAAGAACGUAUCAUUCAGCUUGAGCAAGAAAACAAAGGAUUGAGAGAAAUCCUUCAGAUAACUAGAGAAUCUUUUCUGAACCUCAAGAAAGAAGAUGCAUCAGAGAGCACAUCUCUGUCGGGAUUAGUAACAAGCAGUGAUUUGAGCCUGAGAAAAAGCUAAAGACUAUGGAAGUCAACAAGCUUCAAUUGCACACUUUACAGUUAUCAGGGGUCACUUGUCAAGCACUUGUUACUGAAUAGGGCACCAGCAAACAAAGGCAUCUUAAACUCCAGUUUAGUGGCUUUUAUACUAUUUAAAAUAAAAGCAGUAUUCUACAAAAACCUUAGUGACAGAUUAAUUGCCAUGGAUCUAACUUCAGUAGGAAAUGGAUUAAUGCGCUUAUGAAUUGGGAAUUAUUUUUAUAUGAAUUCAUUUUACACAUAAAGGACAAGAUUUCACAUAAUUUAUAUAUGUUAUUGCUCAUACA